UGGCCUGGGCCCGCGCCGGCCUCCGCUCCGCUGCGGUCCCCCGGGUCUGCCCUCCCACCCCGUCCGGCCCGGGUCGCCAUGGCCAAGGCUUACGACCACCUCUUCAAACUGCUGCUCAUCGGGGACUCGGGGGUGGGCAAGACGUGUCUGAUCAUUCGCUUUGCGGAGGACAACUUCAACAGCACGUACAUCUCCACCAUCGGAAUUGAUUUUAAGAUCCGCACCGUGGACAUAGAGGGGAAGAAGAUCAAACUGCAAGUCUGGGACACGGCUGGCCAGGAGCGAUUCAAGACGAUAACCACUGCCUACUACCGUGGAGCCAUGGGCAUCAUCCUGGUCUAUGACAUUACCGAUGAAAAAUCCUUUGAGAAUAUUCAGACCUGGAUGAAGAGCAUCAGAGAGAAUGCCUCUGCUGGGGUGGAGCGCCUCCUGCUGGGCAACAAGUGUGACAUGGAACACGGGCAGGCCAGUGACCCUGGCUAUUACCGCAGUGCUGCCCUACACUGCAUGAAGAUGGAGCUGGGCUUCGGGAGUCUGCACCUUGCUUCAGCCCCGGGCACCCACACCACCCACACUUGGGUUGGGGAGCCUGAUGAUAAUCAGUCCUCUCUGGAGGCCUGUUUUGAGAGGUCUCCCUCCAAAGUGAAGAUCCUGUUCCAGAUCCCCUCCUAA